AUGGGGUUAAAGUGUACUGAUUACUUUGAGAACUCAAAGUACGACUCCCCAGAUAUUCAAAUUAUAACAUGUAGAGGAUGCUCAAGCCAUUUGUGCUUAUCGGAUUUGAUAUUGUCUGACAAUUUCAACGGUUCUUCUGGUCCCGCUUAUCUAGUAGACUUCCUCAUUAAUAUCAUAAUCAGCCCAGUAACUGAAGAUACUCAGAUGAAGACUGGGUUAUACAAGAUUAACAAAAUCAAAUGCCACCAAUGUUUAAACAAUUUAGGCUGGUUUUAUAAGAAAUCAUAUUCAUACUCGGAAACUUACAAAGAGGGCAAAUUUGUUAUUGAAAAGAGUUUUAUCAGAUUUAGUGAUAAUCUAUCAACUACUCAAAUACUCAAGGAAAAAGCCAUGCAAAGUAGAUAUAGAAGAUUUAGCAAUAGCAAUAGCAGCAGUAGCAGCAGUACCACAACUAGUAACAGCAACAGCAACAACAACAAUAAUAAUAAUCAAUACGGAUCUGCUUUGACAAUUGGAAAAGAAGCCGCUGGUGAUUCAUUAAUGGUAGUCGAUGGAGAAAUUAUUGAUGGGCUUAAUGAAGAUCAAGAAAAGAAUGCUGCUCUAUCUACACUUUCAAAAAUGUAUAAAAAGACGAGAAGAACUUCUUCCUCCUCGUCUUCAUCUGGUUCGUUUGGUGAGGCAAUUAAUGGCAAUUUACUAAAUAGAUUGAGGUUUCCUAAUAGGAAUUCAGAAACUGAAACCUUUGGCAACGCUGCAAAUGCGUCUAUCGCCGCCACCACUGCUGCUUCUACUACUGCUGGUGUUGGUGUAGGUACUGGUACACUUGAAAGCAAUCAAAUUAUCUAUGAGGAUACAGGCAAUAGCAAUGUGUUUAUCGACACGUGA